UCAUUGACUAAGUUUAGUCUGUUUUCGAGAACCAUACUAAGUACCGAGUGGAAAAUUGAGUCCGAGUACGGAUCAAUUACACGCGCGGAAAGUGAAUUACAUAAAGGGGUUAAAGUGAAGUGAAUCGCCGAGCGUACGAGGAUUGAUUAAUUAUUAUUAUGUUCGUUGGUUGCUCCUGAUGGAGUUGCAAAAGUCACCGGUGUAAAGCUCUGUGUAGAAAUAAAAUGUGCUAAGGCUAAGUCAGAAGAGGAAAAAACUAGUUUCUAUCAUCUCGGCAGAUCACAUUAGGGAUCACUACCUACUGUUGUAUUGCGUCAAGUCGCAUUUGGAUAUGCAACUGGCAGUUGGAAACUUUUAGAACAGAUAGAAUCCAACAGCAUUUCGUUUACAGAUUGACACUUGCUCGAGAUACUCAUUCUGGAAACCAAUGUUUUGGUACUAUCUAGCUUGUUUCACCGUUUUGUUUAUAAUUUUCUUGUACCUUGACUGUCGCAAGCCUGCCAACUUUCCGCCUGGGCCAAAAUGGUACCCGAUCAUAGGAUGUGCGAUAGAAAUAGCGCGCAGUCGCUUCAAGACUGGCAUGUUAUGUAAAGGUAUCGAGCGAAUAGCUGCCCAGUAUGACCACAAUGGCGCAAUCGGAUUUAAAGUCGGCAAGGACCGGACUGUGAUGGCCAUUUCGGGCGCCUCAUUGUGCGAGAUGAUGAACAACGAAGACUUGGAUGGUCGGCCGACAGGUAUCUUCUACGAGACCAGAACCUGGGGCCUCCGAAGAGGCGUUCUAUUAACGGAUGAGGAGUUUUGGCAGGAGCAGCGUCGAUUUAUAGUGCGACAUCUGAAGGAAUUCGGCUUCGCUCGUAGAGGCAUGGGAGAAAUCAUUGGAAAUGAGGCUGCAUUCGCGAGACAAGAUUUUUACGAUUUAAUUAAAGCUGGUAACGGUAAAGCAUACUUGAAAAUGCAGACGAUAUUUUCGGUGUACAUUCUCAACACUUUGUGGCUGAUGAUGGCCGGAAUUCGUUACACGAAAGAAAACAAAGAUCUUAAACAUCUGCAAACUUUACUACAUGAUCUGUUUGCUAGCAUCGAUAUGAUGGGUGCCUUAUUCAGCCACUUUCCGUUCAUGCGAUUUUUUGCGCCACGUUUUUCCGGCUAUCAGCAGUUUGUUGACAUACACAACCAUCUGCACACUUUUAUUGGAAAAGAAGUUGAAAACCACAAAAAGACCUUCAACAUCAACGAUGAACCGCGCGACCUCAUGGAAGUUUACCUCAAGAUCCUAGAAUCGAAUGAAGAGAAGCCGGAAAGUUUUACCCAAGAUCAGUUGUUGGCAGUGUGUUUGGAUAUGUUCAUCGCCGGAUCGGAAACCACAAACAAAACUCUCGGUUUUGCUUUCCUCUAUCUGAUAAGGCAACCGGAAACUCAAAAAUUAGUACAAAAGGAAAUCGAUGAAGUCGUCGGCCGAGAUCGGCAACCAACCCUGGAGGACAGAGUAAACAUGCCUUACUGCGAAGCUGUGGUUCUGGAAUCCUUACGCAUGUUCAUGAGCAAUACUUUUGGUAUUCCGCAUAGAGCCUUGCGAGACACAAAACUAUGUGGUUACGACAUUCCAAAGGACACAAUGGUGGUCGGAAUGUUUCGCGGUAUGAUGCUGCAACAUUGGGAGGAUGCUUACACUUUCAGACCGGAACGUUUCCUGAAAGAUGGAAAGGUAAUCGUUGACCCGAAGUUCCAUCCAUUUGGCGUAGGGAAGCACCGGUGCAUGGGUGAGAUGAUGGGUCGAGCAAAUUUGUUCCUCUUCGUCACGACGCUGUUCCAGAGCUUCAACUUUCUGGUACCGGAAGGGCACCCGGUUCCUACCGAUCAGCCCUUGGAUGGGGCCACGCCUAGUGUUAAGCAGUACACAGCAGUGAUAACUCCUCGAUAAAAUGAUGCUAAUUUAA